CUUCCCAAUCGGACGCGAGGCAGUGGAUGCUGGCGGAAGGUUCGCCGCGAACGUUCGCUUCGUUGGCAUUCAGUCAGUGACAAAAUAAUAAGAGGAGUUGUCUGCGGUUACAGGUCUAUGCUAUGGCUUCUGAAGACCCCCUGAGCAUGUCGUUAGAUGACAUCAUCAAAAUGAAGCGCCAAGGGCGGCGUGGAGGCAAAAGCAACCAGAGAGGAAAAAUGAGGGGAAAGGGGAGAGGUAGAGGAAACAUCAACACAGGUAACACAGAACAAUACACAGAAUUUCAGAAAAGCAGACUGGGACCUGGUGGAGGAAGAGGACGUGGGGCUGGAAACAGAGGUUUUGGGAACAGUGGCCGAGGCAGAGGUCUUCGUGUUUUGACAACAAAAUUUGGAGUCAAAGGUGCAGCAAGAGGCAGAAACACAGGUGUGCUACAAGGAAACAGACUUGGUCAGGGCCGGCGGGGAAGGGGCUUUGGUUCAUCAGGGAAGGGAAAUGGCUUAACUAGCGAUGAAAUCAGGAGAAGAGGAAGAGAAGGUAUAAUUCAGAGACUUAAAGACAGGGAUGACUUCACAGACAAUUUUCAAGUACAUGGUGGGGAGUCAGCCUCUACAUCUGGGCGACAGAUGGUAAAAGGGAGACUUAAAUCCUUAAAGAAAUCCAUAUCUAAUAUUCAGCAGCUGAAUCGGAAUAUAGCAAGAAAUGAAAUCGUCAAUCAGCGAAGAGGCAUCGCAGUUGGGAUGAAAACAAGUGGCAACCUGGGAGCUCCCCUAAGAGUUCGUGUAGGCAGUGGAACCAUAGUAAGGGGGCUUAGGUCUGACCAACUUCUUUUGCAGAAGAUCAGGCAGCUGAAGAAAACUAAAGUUCAGUCUAGAUUAGAGAAGCUGGAGGCUUACAGAGAAAAGAGGGACCGAUCACACAACGAAAGGGAGUCUUCACUGGAGUCAAAUUCAAUUGUCUCUCUUUCAUCACAUAGAGGGCUAACCGUCAGCAUUAAGAACGAUAUGGCUUCACAGUCGGUUCAUAAUGGUAUGACAUCCAGAAGUCGGCCACGUCUUAGCCGACACAAGUCAAAGAAAAAUCCCGGUCUCUUUUCUCCAGCUGCCAUUACAAUUGUUAACGACCACGCCAGCUCAUAUGAUUCAGAUUUUGAAAUGUUACCAGACCCUACAAGAAGGAUCACAAAACGUAAUAUAAUAACCACGAGGGAUCCCAGACCUCGAAAUACUGUCUCCUUAAGCAUAGGAGCAGAUAAUCUGCGUUCGUUACCUGAACCCCAUCGACAAAUUUUAGAUCCAAAAAUACAAAAGGAGAUUGCUAUGCUCCAAGGCAAAGAGGAAGUAACUUUAAACAGUGGUCCAGGCCCUGGAGUGAAAGGUUUUAGACAUGUUCCCAGCCAAACAACUCGUUCAUUGAAUGAGCGUUUCACUAAUGAGAGAAUGGUGACUGUUUAAAAACUUUGUCAUAUUAACAUUUCAUUUAACGAUCAAUCAGCUGGUGAAAAGAAUAUUAGCUGACCAUUAACAAUUUAUAUCGAAAUAUUUUCAGCAAUACUGAUGUUUCAGUGUUAACGUGUACUGUAGGGCAGUGACUUCCUAUUUAUUUCUCUCGUAAUACUUGGUAUUGUAUUACCAAGAGCACCUUAGUUUGAUUCAGUGAUGUUUAGGAUGUAAAGAGUUUAUUUUAAGUGAAACCUGGAAUUUGCAAGUGUACGGAGCAAGAAAAAAAAUUUUAA